GAAGGAGCAAAGCCAAAGAUUGGAUCGACCUUUAUAUUAUUACCAUAUGGCUUUUCAUUUUCUCAUCCUUCUGUUAUUCAUUCUCUUUCCCUUCAACGUCUUAGCCCAAACCCGAGACACAGUUUCCGCGGGAGAUUCUAUCUCUGCAGGAGAUGGCUACUCAACAUGGCUGCUUUCGCCUUCUGGAGAUUUUUCAUUUGGCUUUCACCCACUUGACGACCACCACAACAAUGAUCUCUUCCUUCUUUCGAUUUGGUACGCUAAAAUCCCAGACAAGACCAUCGUUUGGUACGCCAAUGGAGACAAACCUGCGCCAAAAGGCUCCAAAGUUCAACUUACUUCUGAUCGUGGCCUUGUCCUCACUUCACCUAAUGGUUAUGAGCUAUGGAAAUCAUUUGAUGCUAUUUCUGGUGUUGCUCUUGCGGCUUUAAAUGAUACUGGCAAUUUAUUGCUUCAAGAUCAUAAGUUUAAGGUUGUCUGGGAGACAUUUAAGGAUCCCAGAGAUACCUUGUUGCCAACCCAGAUUCUUUACAAGGGAGGGAAGCUUUUCUCUCGAAGAUUUGAGACGAAUUUCUCGACCGGAAGGUACCAGAUAUUUCUACAGCAAGAUGGUAAUCUUGUCUUCUAUUCAGUGAACUUGCCAUCUGGGUAUGCAAAUGAGAACUACUUUGAAAGUGGCACAGUCGCAUCCAAAUCAUCAAACGCAGGUCGUUUACUCGUGUUCGAUUCAUCAGGAGACUUGUAUGUUUUGAAAGACGACAAUCAAAGGUUCAGCCUCUCACCUAGUGGAAAAACUCCAUCAAAUGACAUGUCCACAAGAUUCUAUCUCCGAGCAACACUUAAUUUUGAUGGGGUUUUCUCUCUCUAUCAAUAUCCAAAGGAUAAUAAGAAUUCUUCAGAUCAGAAACAAAGUUGGAUCCCACUUUGGUCCCAACCAGAGAAUAUAUGCACGAGCAGUCUUGUGAGUGCAGGAAGUGGCGUAUGUGGGUAUAAUAGUAUCUGUGAUUUGAAUGAUGUACAAAGACCAAUUUGCCAUUGUCCAAAAGGGUAUUCUCUAAUAGAUCCAAAUGAUGCGUAUGGAAGCUGCAAGCCAGAUUUCACACAAGGAUGUGAAGAAGAUAGGAAGCUACAUGACUUUGAAGUUCUGAUAAACACUGAUUGGCCACUUUCUGAUUAUGUGCUUCAAAGGCCUUUUACUGAAGAAGAAUGCAAACAAUCUUGUUUGGAAGAUUGUUUCUGUUCAGUGGCAAUUUUCAGAUUAGGUGAUAGCUGUUGGAAGAAGAAGAUUCCACUUUCAAAUGGAAGAGUUGAUGUGAAUCUCAAUAAUUCUAAGGCAUUUAUCAAAGUGAAGACGAAGAAUUAAUAUAUUAUAUUAAUGUAGUUAUUGGUUAACAUAUCAUCCACUAGCUAGGGUGGAGAGAACAAUUAAGUCAUUUCACGUGCAUGUGUAACCCACAAAUAAUAUAAUUAAUGUGUGUACUACUGUUUUAUAUGCUGGGUAUUGUCAUGGAUGAAAGCUAUUGUCAUGAUAAAUAUAAGGGUUAAGGUUUGAUUUUGUUUCUA